AUGUUUUGCACUUCUCAUCCUCGAAGUCCAAUAUCUUUGGUAUGUGUGGCUGAACACAAGUGUUAAUGUUAAAGGAAGAUGUGUGUUGAAUGUCUUUAUGAACACGGAGUAGAGAUUAAACAAGCAGUUCUGAUUAACAAAUUUCAUGAAAUGCUUCUAAAGAAAUUGAAAGAAAAUCAGUUGGAGGAUACAUCAGAAUUAAUUAAAUAGAAAAUAAACUUCAAAUAACUGCUAUCUGAAACUGAAGCAUUUAUGAAGAAGUUAUGGGAAGAUUUAGUAUCUUCAAUUAAAUUGAUCUAUGAGAUGAUCGAGUAAGAAAAUAAUUCUUACAUUAAUCUCAUCAGAAAAAAUGAAAAUUUAGCAGAAUCUUCUUAUAAUGAUUUGGAAAAACUAGUGUAAAUACAGAAUGGGAGAAUUUUAGAUGAUUGGAAUUAUAAAAAGAUUUCUUAUGUGUCGAAAUUGGAUAAAGCAAAGUAGUGGCUAGAAAAAGAAGUGAAAACUUUCAAUGAAAAAUUUAAACAAGAAAUGAAUGAGAUUUUAUAGAUGUUUCGGUAUAAUUUAACAACAUUUUCAAAUAGGAUUGAAAAGAAAGAGUAAUUGAUAUGGAAAGAAGGCACCCAACAACUUAGAGGAAUCUAUUGGAAUUAUAAUUUUGAACCACCUUUUUAACAAACAAUACCACUCCAAAUCAUCUUUACAUUGGACAAAGAAAUUGAAUAUUUCAGAGAUGGAUCUAGGCUAAGAAUGUAAAAUUGCUUUAAGAUUAACUUAGAGAUAAAAAUAUAGACAUAACAAAGAAUCCUGAAAUUUUAACUAAUUUAGAAUAAAUCUAAAAUCUUAAAUGGUUUGGACAAUAUGGAGAUAAUAAUAAGUAGAUAGGCAAAUGGAUCAUAAUAUGGAGAGGUGAAAAAAUAUAGGAUGUUGGUGGAGAGUACUCUAAUAAUGGUGAAAAAUAAGGUUAUUGGAUAGAUUUGGCGAAAAAUUAUUAGAAGUGAAUUAAAUAAUAUUAAUUAAUAGAUAAGCGUAAGUGCUUGAAAAAGGUGAGUAUGUGAGCGGUCAAAGAAAUGGUGUCUGGAAGUUUCUUUUUGAAUAUAACAAGAUGUAACUAUUAUAUUAUAAAAUAACAAAGAGGUGGUGGGGUUUAUAAAAAUGGAAUUAAGAAUGGAGAAUGGUAAGAAUUGAGUGAUGGCUUUAAUAAAUAUCAUUAAGUAACUUACAAAGGUUAAUAUAAAAAUGGUAAGAAAGUUGGAAGAUGGGAUAUUUAAUAUAGGCCUGAUGUAGAUGAACCAUUUAUUAUAAUGUAAUAUAUAUUGUAUUAAAGUGUCUUUCAGUGGUGGUGGUUAAUAUGAUGAAGCAGGUGAUGGACUUAAGUUAGGUAAUUGGGUGGAAAUAUCAGAUAAUUUUAAUAAAUAUAAUUAAGUAACUUACAAAGGUUAAUAUAAAAAUGGUAAGAAAGUUGGAAGAUGGGAUAUUUAAUAUAGG